GAUCCGACCCAUUAACCCGAAAAUUGAUCCGUCUUUGUUCUUCCCCAAUUUCAAUUCGCGUUCGAUUGGAAACCUCAGCAGAUCCGAUUAGAUUUCGCGUCGAUGGCGUCAAAUCCUCACAGAGGCGGUGCGGGUGGUUCCCUUUACGGUGGAGCCGCUCCGUACAGAUCCAGAGAAGGGCUUAGUACUAGAAAUGCUGCAGGUUCAGAAGAAAUCCAGCUGAGGAUUGAUCCGAUGCACUCUGACCUGGAUGAUGAGAUCACAGGUCUACAUGGCCAAGUCAGGCAGUUGAAAAAUAUUGCUCAAGAAAUUGGGUCAGAAGCAAAGUUUCAGAGGGACUUCUUAGACGAACUGCAAAUGACAUUGAUCAGAGCACAAGCCGGGGUGAAGAACAACAUAAGGAAACUUAACAUGAGCAUAAUCCGUAGCGGCAACAACCACAUAAUGCACGUGGUUCUUUUUGCGCUCCUCGUCUUCUUUAUUCUCUACAUGUGGUCCAAGAUGUUCAAAAGAUGAGAGACUCAUAGUAUUCAGAAAAAAAAACCUACGAUGAAUGUUCAGAUCAAUCGGUCCAAGAUGUUCAAAAGAUGAGAGACUCAGUAUUCAGAAAAAAAAAACCUACGAUGAAUGUUCAGAUCAAUCGGCCAAGAACGGAAUCUAGCAAUCUCCUAUCUCAUGUUUGAAGAAUACAACUUUAGUUUUGUUUUGAUAGUUGUAACUUGUAACUAGGACAGACUUGGAAGUUGGAUCAAAUUCUCAGGAGCUCUCCAUCCUCAAAUUUUUGCUCAAAUGCUCCUUUUUUAAAAAAAAAAAAUCAA